AUGAACCCGUUAAUUCGCUUGCUUUUUGUCUCUCUGGUCGCGUCGUCAGCUGUCGCAGCUCCAGCUCCCGAGCAGUCCGAGCCAGUGCCGGUUCCUAAAGAGGAUACCUUCUCUGCCAACCUCAACAACAUCAAUGAGAACUCGAUUCACAGAGCUCUGCAUCUCAUAGAGAGAUUCCGCCAUGGUGUCUUCCCCACUGACAGAGACGCCAUUGAUGCCAUCCAGAGAGAGGAUCGGUCACUGGCAGCGCAUCUGAACCUCGCAAGAGACAUUGCCAGCAACGCCACCACGUCUUCGCCCAAUCCUCCUGCAACAACGACCCAGCCGCCUACAACUACUACUCAGCCGACCACUUCGGAAACGACUACGACCACCGAGUCACCCACGACGACUUCCACCCCAUCCAAUCCCCCUCCUACCACUACCGAGACGCAGCCUACUACUACAACCACCACAAGCGAGACCACAACGUCGACUACUCAGGACACCCCCGCCCCCACCACGGCUACUACUACCGCAUCGACUACCAGCUCAGAAACCCGCACAACUCUGACAACUGCCUCCUCCACAACUGAGGGUCCAACAACCACCAGCAAACAUACCACCACCCGUACUCCCUACACGUCGACCUACAAGAGUACCACCACUCUGCCCAAUGGCCAGCAGAGCACCGUCACAGCCGUGACGGUCGUCUACCCCACGGGGGACAGCUCCAGCCCAGACGCCACAACGACCGGUCCGGCCCCCGGUCUGCAAACCGGCAGUGCCGCAUCCAUCACCGGGCUCCAGAAGGAGCUGCUCGUCAUGCUUGGAGGCGCGGCCGCCGUGGCCAUGGCUCUCUAG